CCCGAAAAUUUGUGCCACCCGCACCUGCCCCGUGCGGGCGCGGGCGCGUGCCUCGCGUGCCAUACACACGAUCUAAUCUCAUAAUUUCUGAUAUGGGCCACUGUAAAUACAUUUACACAAGUAAUGUCAAGCAUAGAAAUCAUGAAGUAAAAUGAAACAAGCAGCAAUCAACCAGCUGCUGAAGAAGCUGCCAGCAAAUCACCGUCCCGAAGAGCGUGCUGGCAUUGGCGAGCUCAAAUACGCACGAGAGGUGCAGGCAUCUAAGGAUGAGCGCGAGGGCGCAGCAGGCGCCGCUGCUGCAGCGGGCGAGGCACUAUAAGGACGGGUUUGUGCGUUACGCAUGCUUAUUGUGCGCUACGCAUGCGUCUGGGACUGGACGCAUGCGUGCCAGAACGCAUGAAGCAUGAGGGGCGGGGGGCCGGGUCGGGCGCACAGCCGUGCGUACAAGCACGCAUGCGGGCCGCAUGCAGGCGCAUGCGCACCGACCUGACGCAAGCACUAAGAGACGCACGUAUUCCUGUAAGUCACGACAUAGUCGUAGACAGCAAGCACGGCUCGCUCGCUCGUAGGGUCGCGUGAUCGCCGGACGCGGCACUCCAACACUUCAACAGCGUCAGACCCUGCUAUAUGAUGCAAUGUGUAUAUCAAAACGAACAGUGUAAGUAGGCUAGCAGGCCUUGCGAAGUAUUCACUCGGACAUAGUGCUAGACUUUUAGUCUUUAGACGGUCGGGCCUAAACGAGUGAACGCAUGUGUAUAUAUGGUAUGCUGUACUAUCUGGGCGUCGCACCAAGCAACCAGCAUGGAGGCUGCACCUGACAAGGCGGGUUGUGUGGCUGGCGUGUAGAGGGCUGGCCACUGCCGCUGCCGCGCACUGCUCGCAAGGCCGGGGACUGCGAGGCAGCUCAAGGUGUGCGUAGAGUGCGUAGGCGUGGUUGUUUCUGCGACAGUGCCUUUGUUAAGCAGCCGCGGCGGGGGUUAUGGUUAUGAGAUAGCACUGGCGUGGGACUGGGCGUGCACGAUGAAGGUCGCGGGCGACGGCGCAACUGAGUGCAAC